AUGGCUUCGGUAGGCUCCUUGGCCGAGGAGGCACAGAAGAGAAAAGAGCGAUUGAAGGCCCUGAGGAAUCGUCAAAAUAAAACACCAGUUGAUGGUGAACCGCCAGAGAAGAAAGCUUUAGGAGACAGUGAAUGGGAAACAUUACCAAAACCCGUGUUUAGAAGUUACAAACCAGCAGAUGAUUCACUGAAAGAAAGCACCUUGCCCAAAAUAAAACCAGAAGAUGUAACAGAGAAAAUUAAGAACCAGUUGGAGGCUGGUAAGGAAGAGGACUUGGCAAAAGAAAUUGAUUUGACAAACCUUGCUCCACGGAAACCAGAUUGGGAUCUCAAGAGGGACGUAGCAAAGAAACUUGAAAAACUGGAGAAGAGAACACAGCGAGCUAUUGCUGAAUUAAUACGUGAACGAUUACAGAUGGGUAAGGAAGACCUGGUUUCCAUGGUGAAUGCAGGUGCGGCAGUAGCUCAGGUGGAAGCAGAAGAUGAUUGACAAGUGUCAUGAGAUCAUCUACAUCCAAUGUUUUUCAACUUAUCCCUGAUGAUAAAGGUGAUUGGGGCUGUAAAUGGAUGUCAACAAAUACCUAUAACCUCUGGGUAUUGGAUGUCCUUGAUCUUGACCUCAGUGUAACAAGAUAUCAACAAAUAUCCCUAACAUCUGUGUAUCUGGGCAUCAGCUGAUAUCCAUGACUUUUUUUUAUCGAGACGUCACACCAACUGAUAUCCAUAACCUCUGUGUAUCAAGAUGUCUGCUGAUAUCCCAUGCCUUCUUUUUUAUCAGGAUGUCAACGGAUAACCAUCAUUUCUGCAUGUUGGGAUGUAAACUGAUAUUCAUGACAUCUGUAUGUGGAGAUAACCUCUGUGUAUGUGAAAAGCAUCCAAGA